GGCGGCGGCGCGCGCCCGCGAGCAUGUCUGGGAUGAAGCGAGCGGUGGCGGAGAAGGACCCCGACUACGAGGACAUCGCCGUCGCGCAGCCCAGCAAGCGGCACCGAGCGGCCGAGCGCUCAGCUCGAGAUGUUGCUGUGCAGAAGAUUGAGACAAUUAUUAAAGAACAGUUUGCUGUCGAAAUGAAGAAUAAAGAACAUGAAAUUGAAGUUAUAGAUCAGCGCCUGAUUGAAGCAAGAAGGAUGAUGGAUAAGCUGCGUGCCUGUAUCGUGGCUAACUAUUAUGCCUCUGCUGGUCUUCUUAAAGCUGGAGAGGGGACCAGGACGUGUGACACAACAAUUCUCAACCACCCUUCAAUCAAGAAGUUCCUGGAAUCGCCCUCCAGAUCAUCGUCCCCUGCUAACCAGGGCUCAGACACUCCAUCUGCCAACCACUCUGAGAGCGACUCGCUCUCCCAGCACAAUGACUUUCUCCUGGACAAGGACAAUGGCAACUUGGACGCAGACGACCGGCUGACAAACAGCCUGGACCAGAGACAGAGCAGAAAUACUGGCCGGGACAGUUCGGGUGUUUCAAGCUCUCAGAAACCAGGACAACGAAAUGCCGGGCUGCCAAGCGACGAGACUUCACGGCUGUACGUGAAGAAAACGAUUGUGGUUGGCAACGUUUCCAAGUACAUUCCCCCUGACAAGAGAGAAGAAAAUGAUCAGUCAACCCAUAAAUGGAUGGUGUAUGUCCGAGGCUCUCGGAGAGAACCCAGUAUAAAUCAUUUUGUCAAGAAAGUUUGGUUCUUCUUACAUCCCAGUUACAAACCUAAUGACCUGGUAGAAGUGAGAGAACCUCCGUUCCACCUGACCAGGAGAGGCUGGGGAGAAUUCCCUGUGAGAGUCCAGAUACACUUCAAGGAUAGCCAGAACAAGAGGAUUGAUAUCAUACACAAUCUGAAGCUGGACAGGACUUACACAGGCCUGCAGACACUCGGUGCAGAAACGGUAGUGGAUGUGGAGCUGCAUAGGCAUUCACUCGGCGAGGAAUAUCUUUUUUCCCAGUCUUCAGAGUCUGACCUUUCUGAUGUUCCUACAUCUUUACCACUGCCGUUGAGUAUCCCAGCACCAGUUAAAGCUUCCUCACCAAUUAAACAGCUGCGGGACUCCAGCCCAGAUGCUUCUGCAGACAAAGGAUUCCCUGGGAAUGCUGAAACCGAAAGACAUGCCACGUUUUAUUCCCUGCCAUCUUCGAUAGAACGGACUCCCACCAAAUUAGCCACCCAGAAAGUUCCCUUUGGCUCUCAUGGAAAUUCAGCCUUUCAACCCAUUGCAGCUAGCUGUAAAAUAGUGCCUCAAGGUCAGAUUCCAAGCCCUGCAGAGUCACCCGGAAAAUCCUUCCAGCCUAUCACCAUGAGUUGCAAGAUUGUAUCAGGUUCUCCAAUAUCGACCCCUAGUCCAUCUCCGCUACCUCGUACCCCAACCUCCACUCCGGUGCACAUGAAGCAAGGCUCUGCUAGUUCAGUCAUUAAUAAUCCGUAUGUUGUUGUGGACAAGCCUGGACAGAUGGUUGGAGCAGCAGCCACAAGCACAGGGAGCCCAACCAGCAAACUGACAAAUGUUUGUCAGGCUUCUCACAGGACUGGAUCUCCUGUAUCAAAGACCCAUGGGAGCAGCUUUGUAACCUCAGCUGUCAAGCAGGAGGAUUCCCUGUUUGCCACCAUGCCACCCCUUUGUCCCAUUGGGAGUCAUUCCAAGGUGCAAAGCCCCAAAUCAGUCACUGGAGGACUUGGAGCUUUUACAAAGGUGAUAAUAAAACAGGAACCAGGAGAGCUGCCCCAGCAACCCCAGCUACCAGCAACAGCGACAACCCCGCAGACCUCUGUGCAGCAGUAUGUCACUGUAAAAGGAAGCCACAUGUUAGCCUUGUCACCGCAAAAGCCGGUUGUGAGCACAGGCGAGGGGACGGUGCAGUCUAAGGUUGUUGGCGUUCCAGUUGGUUCUGCUUUGCAGUCGACAGUGAAACAGGCGGUGGCUAUCAGUGGUGGCCAGAUACUUGUGGCAAAAUCUAGUUCUUCAGUAGCAAAGGCUGUUGGUCCAAAACAGGUUGUGACUCAAGGUGUAGCCAAAGCCAUCGUGAGUGGAGGUGGAGGAACAAUUGUUGCUCAGCCUGUGCAGACUAUAACAAAGGCGCAAGUUGCUUCCACAGGUGCUCAGAAAAGUACCUCUCAAGGAUCAGUCAUGGCUACACUGCAGUUACCAGCUACCAACCUGGCAAACUUGGCAAACUUGCCACCGGGCACCAAACUGUACCUUACCACCAACAGCAAGAAUCCUUCUGGGAAAGGAAAACUGCUUCUGAUACCCCAAGGAGCCAUACUGAGAGCCACAAAUAAUGCUAGUCUCCAAUCUGGUUCUUCUACGAAUAGUGGAGGAGGAGGAACACAAAGCACAAGCAGUAACUUGUCACAGCAUCUCACCUAUACAUCCUACAUCCUGAAGCAGACACCGCAGGGCACCUUUCUGGUUGGCCAACCGUCUCCUCAAAGUUCAGGGAAGCAGCUGACGCCAGCAUCUGUUGUUCAGGGCAAUGUCGGAGUUGGAACAUCUUCCGCACAAGGACAAGCAUUAAAAGUGAUAACUGGACAGAAAACAGCUUUAUUUACACAGGCUGCACCCGGUGGACAGACGUCACUGAUGAAAAUAUCAGAUGGGUCUCUGAAAUCAGUGCCUGCCUCAUCCCAGCUCUCCAAACCUGGUACCACUGUGCUGAGAGUAUCAGGAGGUGUUAUCACCACAGCUGCUGCUCCUGCCGUGACCCUUCCCACAAAUGGGGUGGCACAGCAAAUAGAUAAUGCAGGUUCCAGUUCAUCAUCUUCUGGAGCUCCUACAGCAAAAACCUCUGGACAACAUCAAAUCUGUAUAAACCAGAGCCAGUCUACUUCAUCAGCAGUGAAUAAGACUGCUACUUCUACUGUUGUAAGUGUUGCUUCUCUGGUGACUACACCAACGCCUGUGACUGGAAAAGCUGCAGUAUCAGGGUUGCUAAAAAUCCACUCAAAUCAGUCUAGUCCACAGCAGGCUGUUCUGACAGUUCCCAGCCAGCUUAAACAGCUCGGUGUAAACACAGCUUCUGGAGGUGUUCAGACUAUACUCAUGCCUAUGAACAAAGUGAUACAGUCACUUUCUACUAGCAAAGUUGCAGCUGUUACAGCUGUCACAUCAGCGAGUACAGUUGUCCCGAGUCCCUCUACAGCAUCCAUUACUAAAGUUAAGAUGGAGCCUGAUUCAACUGGACAGAACUGCAGCUCUGUGGGUACUCAAGAAGGUCAAGCAGCAGUAAAAACAGAAGAGAAUUCAGAACUUGGGAAUUACGUUAUCAACAUAGAAUAUUUGGAGAACGUCCAGCAGCUCUUAACAGCAAUAGUGAAGAAGGUUCCAUUAAUUGCUGAAAAAAGUGAAGAUGCAAGCUCUUUUUGUGCCAGUUCAGUGGACCAGUAUUAUAGUUGGAAUAUUGGGAAGAGGAGGGCAGCUGAGUGGCAACGAGCAAUGACAGUGAAGAAGAUCCUUCAAGAAAUCAUAGAGAAGCACCCCAGGUUUCACAACAUUACGCCACUGAAAACAAAGCAUGUGGUGCAGUGGUGUCGAUGCCAUGGCUACACUCCACCUGACCCUGAGACCUUGCGAAAUGAUGAAGACUCGAUUGAAGAUGUGCUGACACAGAUAGACAGUGAGCCAGAAUGUCCGUCAUCUUAUAGCAGUGGUGAGGAUUUGUGCCGAAAACUAGAGGAGCUACAGCAAUUUCUGAAACGAGAACCAGAACAUGAAGAGGAAGUAGAUGUUCUCAACUUUAGUGAGCCAUUAAAAAUAAACAUUAAAAAAGAACAGGAGGAGAAGCAAGAGGAGAUGAAGUUCUAUUUGUCUUCCUUGCCUGCAUCAGAAUUUGUGAGGGACACAGCAGAGAAGAUAGGGAUUUCUUUUCAGCCUGCUGAGGUACAAAAGAAUGUUUAUGCAUCAGUAAUAGAAGAUAUGAUUUUAAAGGCCACUGAACAGCUUAUGAGUGAUAUCCUACGGCAAGCCCUGGCAGUGGCGUACCAGACAGCUCCUCACAACAGGACUCCAAGAGAGAUCACAGUGAUGAAUAUUCACAAAGCCAUCUGUAACAUUCCCUUUCUUGACUUCCUCACAAACAAGCAUAUGAAGAUACUAAAUGAGGAACAAUGAAAUAGAGCAGAGAAGAUGCUACAGGAAAGGUGGAUAUACGACUGAAGCUGGGAUGACAAAUCCAGUAUUUCUGUAGGACACUAUUACAUACAUUUAGAACAUUGGGCUACUAGAUUGUUACCUCCAAUUAAAGAUGCACCUUAAUGCAACAAAAUGAUGCUCUGUUCCAAAUCAAGUUGUUAAAUGUCAGUGUUUACUUGGUAAGUGUAUGUUCAGUGGCUGAACAACAUUGUCAGUUUGCGUCAAGUUGCUAGCUAUGAGAGGCUCCACUGUCCUGGUCCCCUGAUGACAGCUGCAUCGAUGAGAUUGAACAUUUUCCUAGAAAAGAAAUUAAGCUUUCUGAUGCAGUCUAUGUACCAUUUGGUUUCCCAUGCAGUGGGCAGAACAGUUGCUUUGGCACUCAGACUAUGAGAAAAUUCAAAUUCAGUUUUUAAAGGUGGGUUGUUUGAGUAGAUGGGUUGAUUAGUUGGUUAGGUUUGGAUGCAGGGGAGCAGAAGGCUGAUGGCUGCACCAAAUUCUGCCAGUCCUGUUUGAUUGUCACGUGUGUGGCUGAGAGCACAGCUAGGGAGGGUUGUUUGCUUAUUCAGCUAAGUGCAACCUAACCAAAUUACUGACACCUCCUUAAAGGAGGUGUCAGAUCUCACCUUUCUCAGUCACCACAGAAUGGGUAGACUGGCAUAUGCUCAGUCUAGAUGAGUAAACCGUGGUCAGGCUUUGUAGGAUUUGGCUGGCCACUUCUGCACAAGAAAAGAGAAGAACAUGGACAGUAUUCAGUGUCUGUGGGCUUGGACUGGCUGAAAUUCUCUGUUUGCCCAACAAGUGCCUCUAGGCUGCCAGAAGUUUUGGAGUGUUACACUGGAAGGCCAGUGACCAGCUCUGUUGUACAAGUCUUAGUGUUUUAACAGCGUUCUCUUAAUGAUCACUUUGGAUUCGGAAGUGCCACUUCAGCUAAAGUUCUGCUGAAAACAGAGGCCUGAUAGGAUCAAAAAACCCAGAGGUUUGUUGCUUGUGGUGACCUACUCUGAUAUCCUGACUGCAGGAGGAAAUUCUGCUACUAACCCCAGCACUUACCUGUCUUGGGAAUGUUGAUGGUGUAGAAGAAAUGUCUGCAGUCUGGCUGUCAACACUGUUCUGAAGAAGGCUUCAAUAACAAGACCCUGACCACCACCCCCUCUACUACCCCUCAGUCCUGCCCCAUGGGUGCUUGCGAGUAGUGUGAAUGGGCCAUGGCAGUCAGAUGGGACCCCUGUUGGACUUCCAUGUUUUCAGGCAUGUAAGGCAGCGCUGUCAGGCAGGUGGAGCAUGGGUCAAAUAGCCAGAGCCUCCAUUGUGCUGAUCUCAGCUGGGUCACUGAUCUGCAUGGCCUUUGAUUUAAUCACUCUGUGCCUCAGUUUCCCCAUAUCUGAGUAUGGGGAGCAGGAUACCUACCUCACAGGGGUGUACUGAGGCCUCUCACUCUUGUUGGUGCCGUGCUUUGGCAAUACAAAGCCUUUUAUAAACAUUAAACUGCAGUUAUAUUUCCUGGUCUGGGGUAGGAACAGAAAUCUUCAAAAUGUCAUCUUUUGGUGCUUUUUUUUUGGGCUAGAAGACAGGUGAUGAUAACUCUAGCUGUGUGCAGUAACAGUGGAAGAUGGUUCACAUAGAGGGUGAUCAAAAGCUUCAAGGAGAGCUGACUUAAGUUGAAUGCAGUUCUUGAUCUGCAGAAGGUACUGCGUACCUUAGAUGAGAUACUGCCUUUCUUCUCCAUCUGGAAUAAAAUCAGGGUCUGCAGAUAAGCCCCUCUUAGUUCAUGAGAGAUGGUGGGGUGUUGCAGUUAGUUUGAAUACAAGUGGCAGAACCUGGUCCUUGAAUCUAUGGAAUGAGACUGAUGGAUGAAAUCCAAAGAACAUUCAGAGAAGGAUUUAGAUGCCCCCUAUGGCAGGGCAUUUCAGACGCUCUGGAUUCAAAAGAUAAUCCUGGCUUUUUCAAGUGAGACUGGGGGAGGACCGCCUGCACAGGAAAAGUGCACAGCUUAGCCCUGACAUUAGUUUUCUGGUGGAGGUCAGCAUGGAGGAGUUGAGCAUUCAUUAUGUCCCAGUUCAGCAGGGAGGAAUCCAGGUAACUGGGGAGCUGCUGGCCCCACACUGUAGGCUGUUGCAAGCUCAAAGUACAUGUUGUAUUCAGCCCCCCCUGUAUGCAGCUUUUACAAAAGAGGCCAUAUCUGAGUUAUCUGUCACUCGCUAUGACAGCCUCCAGGUUGUGUGGGAACAGCCUUUCGGGCAAAGUCAGAUCUGCUAGGAUCUUCUGCGAUGAUGCACAUUUUCAGCCCCCAUCUCCUUGUGGGCUUCUGGGAUUUCGGUGUGCCCAGAGCAGUUUUUCAGAAUGCAGGAGCUUGUAUUUGGGCAUCCGUUUGCAAGCAGUGGCUUCCUUGCCUGUGUCCAGGUUGUGGAGACUCCUACUCUGGAGAUAAUCAAAAUCCACCUGGAUGCCAUCCUGUGCAGUGUGCUCUAGGGGAUCCUGCUUGGCAGGGGGGUUGGACUGGGUGAUCUCCGGAGGUCCCUUCCAACCUCAGCCGUUCUGUGAUUCUGUCCUGCUUUUCCAUGAGGAACAGUUCUCCGGAAUUGGAGUCCUGAAGGAGGCAGGGGGGUGCCUGUUGUUCCUAAUGGUGUUCUUGUGGUGGAGAUCUACUGAUAACAUUUCCUAGCAACCACAGGUUAUUCUCCUAGGAGAUGCUGUAUUAAUAAUACAUAAAGUUUGCUAAGGAAAAAUAAAAUCUGUUAAAAGCAGAUAGAAAAUAACACAUUUGUUAUAGUCCUUCAGAUGUAGGAAAUGUUUGCAACACUUCCUUUGGUAUUUUUUUUUAAGUGGUGGGAGAAAAAUCUGUCAGCGAAGACGUUCCUGUGAGAAUUGGCUUGGAGAUGAACGAGAGGUGGUGGAAUUGCUCACGCCUGCUCAGGUGCGUGCUGAAACAUUACGGUGUGUUUCUCUGUAAAGAGUCUUAAUACGAGUUAUAGAUCUCUUUACAAAUAUUGCCACUCUUUGUAAUGCCGAGUGUUUAAAUCCUUUAUGUUAUCUGUAUUAUACUGUAUAAUUGUGUAAGAUACGUAUGUUUACAAUAAAUCCUUUUAUUAGCUGUGAUAGGAUUGUCUGACUGUCACUUGAAGCAAGUUCAUCAGAAUUCACAAAAAUAAAGUGUUUUGUUUAUUUAA